AGUCCUGUUUCGGGUGCCCGCUGGAUGCUUGACACUAGGACAAGGGAGAGGAUACACCUAAAGUGAGGUGUGAAAGAAGAGUAGACUGCUUCGUGGGCUGUUGGACAGACAGGAAACUGUCUGUUGCACUUGAAGCUAUUUGUAGAAAGAUGUUCACUGAAAGUUGUUGAAGAUUUAGAUGGAAGGGAGGAAACAGCACCACACGCACCCUUUUAUGAGGACGACCGGAACGUCCUGGAAGGCCAGUACGAUCAGGACGACCACCGUAAACAGGACAGUCACCACAACUUGGGACAAUUCCCCCUGAAAUCCAGUCUGUGACCACAGAGUACCACGGUCCUCCAUCGUCAAAUACCCAACACGACGUCGGGGCAACUGAACCUCUACAUUUGCGAUAUGGAUGUGCCAAAGGGACGCAGAGUCCGGAUCACAUGGAAUUUGGAUCAUUAGAAAGGGAAGAAAAGCGGCAUCAAGCUCAUCCCUUUUGCAAACCGAGACCUCGAGAGUUGCAUACUCAAUUCCAGUUGAUGCAUACUGAGCAGCUUCGUGAGUGUCCUGGGGGGAGUUGCGCUAACAAACCAGUCACCAAAAUCAGGGGCUUAGCAGGACCCUACAACUCUGGUACUGCAAAUUUUUCUUCAAGCUACCGGCAUUUGGUCGAAUCCAAUACUACAAUGUUCGGUAUUGGGAAUGUAAUAGCGUUUGCUAUAGGGACAGAGAUGGACGUCGACUAUCCGCACGCAUCCUUCAUGCCAGCAUAUCGACGCAAAUCGAGUAGGAGAAAGGAUAUGAUAGCAGCCGCGAUGGGCAUAGCUCAGGGGCUCGACCACAUCAGAAUGGGCUUUACGGGGCAGAACGGGGGCAUGGGCAGUGCUUGCGGUGUGUGGAUUCGUGAUGUGGUAGCUGGGCAGGAGAAGACUACACGUCUCGAAGGAACCACCAAGCACACACAUCAAGAGGCUGCUCAAUCUGAUGAUACGGUCCUCAAGCAUCUACAGACUAUACACUGUAGCCGCGCAGUGUCUUCAAGAAGCAUCGCGUUGAUGGCAGAAUCUCGCUGCUUGAGAGCCCCCAAGUAGCAGCCUGGCCGACUGGACGCCCCUACACCAGACCGGGACUCCGCUAGCAGCCGCAUCGAUUCUGCACUGUCU